UGUGUGUGGGUUUCUCUAAGGCUUGCUUCAUAAAUAUGUAAUAGAUCUAACUUGGUGCAAGAGAGUGUCCAUGCUCGUAGGUUUAUUAAUAUUAAUAAAACAGUGUUUAUUCAACAGCCUCGUUAGAGCCGCUCAGCGAACCUUAGGGUUUAAUUAAUAUUCAUGAGCCGGAAUAGCGGAAGUCGCCGUUAAGCCCCUCCCCCCAGAUACAAAAACACCUGUGUGCUCAGCUGAGCUCGGAGUCGCAGACGCACCCGACGAGCCGAUGGAGUCCGGGCGGAUUUCAGCUGCGGACUCGGAGCGCCGGAAUGAACUGGAGGAAGGGGGCGUGGCCUGUUCCGUGAUCGUGUGUGACAUUGAUCCAAAAGUCCCAGGUGUAAAAGAUGGAAAGAACGACCCCUGGUCAUGUGACAGCUCUGCAUCUUCCUCCGACAGUGAGGAUGAUGAUAAAAACAAGAAGAAGAAGAAAAAGCUAAAGAAGAAAAGAAGCAAGAAGUGCAGCUCAUCUUCUUCAUCAUCAUCUUCCUCCUCAUCCUCGGACAGUGACAGCAGUGAGGAUGAAAAGAAGAAAAAGAAGAAAAUGAAAAUCUGCGAGCUGGCAGAGUCGGGGAUUCUAGCAGAGACAGGUCUCGAGGGAAACACUGAAUUAACUCCUGCAGGAGAAACUAAAGGAGACGAGGAGAAGAAAAAGAAGAAAGACAAAGAUGCAGCUGCGAUCACUUCAGACAGUGAGAAUGAAAAGAAGAAGAAGAAGAAAAAGGAAAAGAAAAAGAAGAAGGAUAAGAAAAAGAAGAAAAAGAAGAAGAUGAAGAAGAAGAAGGAUUCCAGCUCAUCUUCCUCUUCUGAAAGCUCAUCUUCCUCCUCAGACAGUGAGGAUGAUCACAAGAAGAAGAAGAAAAAGAAAAGGAAGACCAAGAAGAAGAAGAAGAAGGAAUCGAGCAGCUCUUCCUCUGACAGCUCCAGUGACGAUGAGAAGAAGAAGAAGAAAAAGAAGAAGAAAGACAAAAAGAAGAAAAAGAAAAAGCAAAAGAAGAAGGAUUCAGGAGGCGACUCGGCAUCAGACGGAGAGAAGGACAAGAAGGAGCUUGAGCUGAAACAGGACGAUGGGAAGCUCACAGAGGACGCUUUGACUGCCGCUUCAUCUUCAUCUGCACUUCCUGCGGAGUCUGCAGGUUUGAUCACUGCCAGGGACGACGGUCACGUGUCUGAUGACGAGGGUGAAGGAGCCGACGGCAAAAAGAAAGACAAAAAGAAGAAAGUAAAGAAAAAGAAGGAAUGCAGUUCAUCCUCUUCAUCAGACAGUUCUUCAGACAGUGAGGAUGACAAGAAGAAGAAAAAGAAGAAGAAGAAGGAGAAGAAAAAGAAAAAGAAGAAAGAUAAAGACUCCAGCUCUUCUUCAUCAUCCGACAGCAGCUCCUCAUCCUCCUCAGACAGUGACGAUGACAAGAAGAAGAAGAAGAAGAAAAAGAAAAAGAAGAAGAAGAAGAAGAAGAAAGUAAAGGAUUCAUCUUCAUCAUCGAGUAGCUCUUCAUCAUCUGACAGUGAGGAUGACAAAAAGAAGAAGAAGAAAAAGAAAAAGAAGAAGAAAAAGAAGAAAGUAAAGGAUUCUUCUUCAUCAUCAUCAAGCAGCUCUUCAUCUUCUUCUGACAGUGAUGAUAAGAAGAAGAAGAAGAAGAAGAAAAAGCAUAAGAAAAAGGAGUCCAGCUCAUCUUCAUCAUCUGACAGCAGCUCCUCAUCCUCCUCCUCAGACAGUGACGAGAAGAAGAAGAAAAAAAAGAAGAAAUGUGAAAAAGACAAGGACAAGAAAAAGAAGAAAGACAAGAAGAAAAAGAAGAAGAAGGACAAGAAGAGUAAAAAGGACUCUGGAAAGUCUUCAGGAUCAGAAAACGAUGACAACAAGCAUAAGAAAGCAAAAACAGAAGACAAGGACGGAGAAAACUCCUCUCUGAAGACUGAAGGAGAGUCAGGGGGCUUCGGCACGACGGAUGACGGUCGCGGCUCUUAUAUUUCUUCAUCUCUACAUUCCUCCGGCCUGCCAUCUGACACCCUGAGCCGAGUGGAGAGCAGCAGCGCCACCCGCAGGCCUCUCACUCCCAUAGAGAGCCUGAUGGGACAUCCUCAGAGAAACACAACGGAGACGAACAGAGUCACCAUCAGCAGAUACACCUCACACUUCACAUCAUGAGAAACACUUACGCAAAAGCACCAUGGGUUUGAAGCUGCAGGGAUGAUGCAUUUUUGAAGGCUGACACAUACGUUUGCAACACCCGACUUCCCUAGACAAAAACCCAAUUAGAUUUUUUCAUUGGCUUUUGAAUAAUUGCAGAAAAGAAGCUUUUUGACCACCUUCACCUGAAGGUUUGAGUUAGAAUAGUUUCCAAGAGCAAGAUUAUAAACUGUAAAAGUAUGGAAGCUUGUAAAAAAGAAAAAUGUAAUUGCAACUUUUUUUUGCAGUACUAAGAGGUCAGAAUUGUGAGAUGUAAACUCAGAAUUGCAGUCAAAAAGUAAGAAUUGUGAGAAAAUUGUCAGAAUUGCGAGAUAAAUCUAAAAAUUGUGAGAAAAAAACUAAGAAUUUUAAAAGUAACAUUACUCCAAGUAACGUUUUCAUUGGCGUUUUCUUUUCCGUUUUCAAAAUGAUGCAAAAGUAUGCAUUUAAAAAUAAAAUCUGAAUUAAAAAAGAAUUUUAAGAAAUAAUCAAGAAAAAAAAAUAUGAGAAAAGUCAGAAUUACAAGAAAAAAGUCAGAAGUGAUGAAUACUCAGAAUAAUGGUUUCAUGGGUGUUUUCUCUGCCGUUUUAAAAAUAUGCAAAAAUAUGCAUUUAAAAAUAAUUUUUAAAAAAAAUCCAUGCUUAUAAGGUCGGUUGCAUAUUCAUUUAAUGUUGGUGUUUUCUUUUCUGUUUUAAAAAUAUCCAGAAAUAUGCAUUUAAAAAUAGUUUUAAAAAUGAUACAAAAGUAUCUCCCGUUAAAUAUGUAUAAAGUUGGUUGCAUAUUAAUUUAACCCUAUAAAAUUGUGAGAAAAAACAUGAAUUAACUAAGAAUUUUAAGAAAUAAUCAAGACAAAAAAAUGUGAGAAAAGUCAGAAUUUCCAGAAAAAAAAGUCAAAAGUGAUGAAUACCCUCUAAAAUAAUGAUUUCAUUGGUGUUUUCUCCUCCGCUUUAAAAAUAAAUGCAAAAAUAUGCAUUUAAAAAUCAUUUAAAAAAAAGAUAUAUUUAAUCUAACCCUAUAAAAUGUUUAUUUGUACUUUUUAUGUAAAGGUCAAUAAAAUGUUUCAUUUCAAAUAAUGGAACUAAUAUAUAAAAAUAUCAGGCUUUAUAGGGUUAUUUUUUUUCUGCAAUCAUUUUACUUUUUCUUGCAAUUUCUUGCAAUUUUUUAUUAUAAAUAUUAUUAAUCAUUUGGAAAACACUGGAAAGUAUCAAAAUGUAGUGGUUUUUACCAUCUGUUACCAUCGCUGUACCAUGGUACUGCCUCAGUACUAUUUUUUUGUCAUGGUGUUACAAAUAUAAGUUUGAAGACAUUAAUGCUUAUGAUCAAUGUGUGUGUCUGUGUGUGAUAGAGAGACUAGAAAAGCAUUUAACCUGCAUUAGUUUUCAUUGUCUUGUUUUGUUUUUUACAGAAUAAUCACUGCAAUUAUCAGUCAUUUCUGUUUUUAUGAGAUUUCUAGAUGCAGCACAUGAAAUUUCAAGCCAACAGCUCAGCUGAAAAUGUGAUUUAAAACAUUCAAACAUUAAUUCUGAGAAUUUUUUGAUUGUGAAUGACACUAUUAAAAUCAGCUUGUAAACAAA